UGGUGUUUCUCCACGAGCACGGACUUUUCAAAGGGUCCGGAUUCGUUCGAGAACUAAGUUUCAAGUCCGAGCAAAGGAAAUUUAUAAAUGAAAUGUCUACGCAAAGCCCACUGUGUGUCCGCUGUUGAGCGCCUGCGCUUUGCCACUGCCUGGGCAUUAUUACAUUAAUCUACAAACGACAACAUUAGUACUAACUCACAGUAUUUAGUAGCUGGACGACAAGUAAAAAGAAAGUACGAAAAAACAAAACAGCAGCACAGUAUUUGGUGUAUAGUCACGAAUUUACAGCAAAACACUGAUUUAUAUAGAAACCAAUUACUACGAUGGUUGGUUAAAGAAUUUUGCGCAAAGCUCAUUUAACCAGCUGCUGCAACAGGAUGAGCAACAACAAGGCAGCAAAUAUGGAGAAAUUUUGCGGUUUGAUUUUCAUUUUAGCUGCGGUGGCAAUCGAUUUGAGUGCGUGCAACCAUUUGCCUAUGCAUCGACUCGACUAUCCAGAGGAUGCACUGACGCUGAAUGAGCAUUUCUUCAACGAUGUGCGUGCACUGAUCAAGCGACGUCUAAAGGAAACUGCAGCGUUGCAGGAGUUGCAUAUGGAUAAUGAAAAUGUAAUCGGUAUUGGCGGCAGCAGUGGCAGUAACAGCAAUGAGUUACCCACAAAUUUGGAGCAUAUCAGCGUUGGAGGUGUAGGCAGCGGCGGUAGUGAUGUUGGCAUAGAUAUUAUAACGCCACCGCCCACGGUACCCACACCAGUACUGGUGGAGAAUUGGCCCACUGAAAGCCACUCCUUUGGUCAGGUCACCGCCGUAUCUAUAGAUCCACAUGGUAAUCCGGUCAUUUUUCAUCGCGCCGAUAGAUAUUGGGAUGCGAACACCUUUAAUGACAGCAACAUUUUCUAUUUGAUUGAAUAUGGACCGAUUAAGGAGAAGACUAUUUACAUUUUAGAUCCCAAGACAGGUGCUAUUAAGUCUGGUUGGGGUGAAGAUAUGUUUUACAUGCCACAUGGCAUGACCAUUGAUGUGCAUGGGAAUUAUUGGAUUACGGAUGUAGCAAUGCACCAGGCAUUUAAGUUCAAACCAUUUGAAACUCAACCGCUGCUUACCGUCGGAAAGCGAUUCAAACCUGGCUCAAGCAUUAACCAUCUCUGCAAGCCCACCUCUAUUGCGGUCGCCACUACCGGCGAGUUUUUCAUUGCCGACGGUUACUGCAAUAGCCGCAUUUUGAAAUUCAACGCUGCUGGACGGAUUUUGCGCACCAUACCUCAGCCACCAGAAUUCCUCUCCUUACAAGUGCCACAUGGCAUCACGCUAUUGGAACAUUUGGAUCUCCUCUGCAUUGCUGAUCGUGAGAAUAUGCGUGUCGUUUGCCCAAAAGCCGGACUAAAAUCGUCACAGGGCGAGGGCCAACCCGCCGCUACAAUACAGGAGCCCGAUUUGGGGCGGGUCUUUGACGUGGCCGCUUACGGUAAUAUUGUUUAUGCAGUUAAUGGACCUACAUCAAUGUUGCCCGUACGUGGUUUCACCAUUGAUCCACGCUCUGAAACUAUUAUUGGGCAUUGGGGUGAAUUUAAGAACCCACAUUCGAUUGCUGUAUGCGUAAAUGGUUCAGCAUUGUAUAUAACCGAAAUUGGUACAAAUCAUCAGACAAAUAAAGUAUGGAAAUAUGUGUUGGUUUAAAUGUACUGAAGAAAGUGGAGAAAGCCGAAGUGUAAUAAAAAAUAAACCCAAAGUAAAUACCUACCUAAGUGUUUAAAACCCAUACAAAGCAAACAAUAAUCCAGUGCACACGACGUUCAUUUCCGCAAAAGCCAUAAACAUAUACAUAUGUAUAUGUAUGAAGUAGGCAUUGUUGUAAAUAAAACAAUACGUAUGUAUUAAAUGUAAGCAUUAUACUUGUAACUUAAAUAACUUAUCGAAAAUGACACGUACGAUUUGCACCUUUAAAACAAAAAGAUAAUACGAAAUUAUUAACACAAAAUAUUCACUAAACGUUUUUACCUCGGAAGCAGCACACCAAGCAUUUGUGUGAAUUUGAUUGCAACAACAAAAAUAACUCAAGUCAUAUCUCGUAAUCAAAUCACUAUAACCAAAAAGGUAAAUGUGUAAUAAAAACCCACUUCGUUACGUAGAAAUUUCACCAUGAACUUCCAUUAUCUAUAUUUGAAAGCAUCUGCAAAAAUAUACAACCACAACCAAAAAAUAGAACCACUAUAGCUAAAACUAUAAUAACAAUUUCUUGAAUAUACAUAAGUACAUACAUACAUAUAACAUAAAAAUAAUUUAAACUAACAUUUUAAAGAAUUAUCAAAGUACGAAAAUCUAUGUACAUAUACGUAGUAU